GCCUGAUGAAGAAUGCUGGUAUUUACUAAUAUUUGGUGUGUACCACCCUCUGAAACAUGGGAAGAUUAGGGUCGUCUUUGAUUCUAGUGUGCAAUAUGAAGGCGUCUCAUUGAAUAGCAUUCUUCUUCGUGGACCAGAUCUAAACAAAAAGCUCCUUGGGGUCUUGAUGCACUUUCGUAGGGAGCAGAUUGCAGUUACAGCUGAUGUAGAACAGAUGUUUUACUGCUUCAAGGUCAGGGAAGAUCACCAAAACUUUCUGAGGUUUCUGUGGUUCAAGGAUAACGAUCUCUCCAAAGAAAUCACAGAAUACCGAAUGACAGUUCAUGUUUUUGGUAACAGCCCGUCACCAGCUGUGGCAAUCUUUGGGAUGAGACAAGCAGCUGAGUUUGGAGAAGACGAGCAUGGAAGAGAAGCCAAGCACUUUGUCCAUAAGAAUUUUUAUGUGGACGACGGCCUGAUCUCUGUAUCCAGUGCCGCUGAAGCCAUCAGUCUACUGAAAAACACCAAAAACAUGUUAGCUGAGUCAAACAUCAAGCUUCACAAGAUUUCAUCAAACAGUCAUCAAGUAAUGGAAGCAUUCCCUCCAUCUGAAAGAGCAAAUGACCUGAAGGAUCUGGAUUUGAGUGUCGAUCCUCUUCCUCUCCAAAGAAGUUUAGGGUUGAGCUGGAACUUAGAGACUGACUGUUUCACUUUUCAGGUAUCUACAGAAGUUAAACCAUUCACACGACGGGGCAUACUUUCAACGGUUAACAGUCUCUAUGAUCCUUUGGGACUUGUUGCUCCUGUUACCAUGCAGGGUAAGGCUUUAGUAAGAGAGCUGUCAUCAGAGCAGUUUGACUGGGACACGCCACUCCCAGCUGAUAAAGAAGCCCAGUGGAAAGCAUGGACAGAUUCAUUAGCAGAUCUCAAGGAAGUCCAGAUUCACAGACCCUAUGUUCCAGUCUCCAUUUCCUACACUUCCAAGAGAGAGAUAAUAUUUUUUGCUGAUGCCUCUACAUUAGCCAUAGCAGCAGUUGCCUACCUGAGGGUUGUAACUACAGACGGUCAGUGUCACAUUGAGUUUGUUAUGGCCAAAUCAAAGUUGGCACCAUACCCUGCUCUCACAGUGCCACGUCUAGAGUUGUGUGCGGCAGUUAUUGCUGUCGAGCUGGCAGGACUGAUUAAAGAAGAGCUGGAUGUGGAACUAACUGCAGUAAAGUUCUACACUGACAGUAGAAUCGUUUUAGGAUACAUCUACAAUACUUCCCGGCGAUUCUAUGUGUAUGUUGCUAAUCGAGUGGCCCAAAUUAGACAUUCCACAAAGCCAGAACAGUGGCAUCACAUUGAUUCAGACCUCAAUCCGGCAGAUCUCAGCACCAGAUUCAUUCCAGCAGCUAUCCUACCUCAGACUAAUUGGUUCUAUGGUCCAGGAUUUCUCCAUCAGCCUAUUCUCGGGGACACUCCUGAAAAUGAAUCAUUUGAGCUUGUAGAGCCAGAGAAGGAUCAGGACAUUCGCCCACAUGUGGUAACCUUGGCCACGCAGAUGACAGAACAGUCUCUGGGAUCACACAGAUUCGAACGCUUCUCUGAGUGGAGAUCUCUUGUAAGAAGUAUAGCCAUGCUUGGCCAUGUUGCAAAAUCAUUUUCUCAAGACAGAAAUACAGGGGAUUGCAAAGGCUGGCAUUGGUGCAAAAAAAUGUCUCCAGUCUGAGUGCACACAAGCAACGACUUCUAUUAUUAAAUGUGUGCAGCAAGAGCACUAUAAAGAUGAAUUCAAGAGUUUGGAGAAAGGUGAAGAAAUCUCACAGCGAAGUGCUCUGAAGAGACUAUCUCCCUUUGUAGACACCGAAGGACUUAUUCGAGUGGGAGGUCGCUUACAAUCAGCAGAACUGUCUGAACAGGAAAAACACCCACUAAUAAUUCCAGCAAGUCAACACGUAGCCACGUUGUUGGUCAGAUACUACCAUGAUCGAGUGGCACAUCAAGGACGACAUCUAACUGCCGGUGCAGUACGUUCAGCAGGUCUCUGGAUUGUAAAAGGAACUAGACUAAUCAACCAUGUGAUUCAUCAGUGCGUUUUCUGUAGGAAGUUAAGAGGUAGACUCGAAGAACAGAGAAUGUCAGAUUUACCUAUGGACAGAGUGAAAGUGGAUCCUCCAUUCACUCAUGUGGGUCUGGAUGUUUUUGGGCCAUGGAACAUAAUAUCACGCCACACUAGGGGUGGCAGUGCUGAAAGUAAAAGAUGGGUUGUCAUUUUCUCUUGCUUAAGUACAAGGGCUGUCCAUUUGGAAGUCAUUGAGUCCAUGUCAACCUCAAGUUUCAUUAAUGCCCUCAGACGGUUUUUGGCAGUUCGCGGACCAGUCAAACACUUCAGAUGUGACAGAGGAACAAAUUUCAUCGGAGCCUGUCGAGAACUGAAAAUCAAUGCAGAUGAUCCAGAACUAAAAGGUUACUUGCAGGAGCAAGGUUCCGUAUGGACAUUUAAUGCUCCCCACUCUUCUCACAUGGGGGGAGCUUGGGAAAGAAUGAUCCACAUAGCACAGCAUAUUCUGGAUGCAUUGCUGCUAAAAACCGGCCUUUCCCGUCUUACCCAUGAGGUUUUGACUACUCUCAUGUCCAAAGUCAUGGCAAUAAUAAAUGCUAGACCUUUACUUCCUAUUUCUUCUGAUCCAGACACAUUGGAAGUUCUGUCCCCUGCCAUGCUCCUCAAUCAAAAGGCUAGUAUUGUACCAGCACCACUUGGUGACUUUGACAUUAAGGACCUCUACAAGAAAGAAUGGCAACAAGUUCAGUGUCUGGCGGAUGCUUUUUGGAAAGCUUGGAGGAGAGACUAUCUUGCAACAUUGCAAGUACGGAGGAAAUGGACUGAGAAAAGACGGAACCUCGAGGAAGGUGAUGUUGUCUUGCUUAAAGAUACCAAAGUGAAACGUAAUGAGUGGGCAAUUGGACUCAUUCUGAAAACCAUACCCAGCAGUGAUGAUAAUGUGAGGAAGGUGGAGGUAAAGACAGUUAGAGAAGGAUCUGCUAAGGUAUACCUAAGGCCUGUCUCUAAAGUAGUACUACUCCUGCCUGGGACGUCACAGUAGGAUCAAUAAUGGUAUAAUAAUUUAUUAUACCAGGUGGGGAGUGUGCUGUUGAUUAUGUCUAGCAGUGUUUCUUUUCCGCGCCCUACUGGACAUUUAAGGUACUGCACUUUAUUUGCAGUUUACUUUCGGUUUCUCUCAGUGAAUGCAGUCGGGAAGAAUGUUCAUACAGUUCCUAUGGGCUAUUGAUUCCAUCGUUAAAACCUUGGAAAUAUAUGUCUUUUUACAUAAAAGAAGUGAGAAGAACAAUCACCAGUAAAGUCACUAAAGUUACGAAGACUGUUUUCUGGAGUUCUUUUCUGAAAGUGUACGCUAUCUGUUUAGCCUUUGCUCAAGCAACGCAAUUGGUCAGAAC